ACGAAGAUCUUCUAAGUGCUUCAGUGGCCAAGAUGGCAGCAUUUCUGUGAUCAGAGAUUUGCCUCGACAUAAAAGGGACACGCGUACACGGAAUAUUGACUUUGUAUUUAUUUUAUACACCAGUAUUUAAUACAACAAUCGAAGACAAUGACUGCCAGACGUGCCAAAAUACAGAUAAAACCAAAGAUUGUUCCAGGAAUCUCGAAACGUGAUUCCAACAGAAAUGGAACAAAUAAAACUUCAAAUGAAAUUCCAGGAGAACAUUCCACUCUUCAAGAGUCAAGUUCUGGACCAUCGGAUACAGAUAAACAAAGUAACACUAAACCCAUUCAGCAACAAUCUGCAUUUUCUCUUCGACCAAAAACUGGUUUGCGUGGUUCUGUUGCACCUCGUCUACAUGGCUCAAUGGACUCAAUGAAACACAUUCCAACAGCAGCACCUGGUAAUGUGCCAUCUGACCCGAAUAGUGAGGCUGCAGUUUCUGUUGCAACUGACCAAUGUAGCAACAGUGAUACAACACCUAGUACUGUGGUAGCUGCUGACCAGAGUAUUAAUGCAACACCUGGAAAUCAGGUGGCUGAGCUGUCUACUCCUGUUGUGGCCCCAGUUAAAGACUCAGAGAAGCAACCCGAUGAGACUAUUAAAGGGACCCUCACUGCAAAUAUUUUGGAGGCUGAAAAUGCUGAGAACUCUUCCCAAGUAUCUUCUUCUGUUAAAGAAGUGGAAAAGAGUCCACUGACUACAGAAAAUACUCCAAAACCUGCUGCGAAGCCUGUUAUUUCUAGACGGUCACGGUUCUCUGUGCAACCAAAGAUCAGGACAAAAGUUCCAAAUCUGUCUGGUAUUAGCAGUAGCCCCAGUAAACCAGCCACUCCUUCUGUGUUGGAAAGCCAACAUGUUUCUUCAGAAGUCCAAAAAGCAUCUCCUGCAACAAAGAAUGAUGAACCAAAAUUGCAGUCGAAAUCUGUGUCAGAAAAUAAUGAUAUGACUGAAUUGGUAGGAGAAGGCAUAGCACAAGAGACUCGGAUAGAUUUAUCCAAACCUAACACUGAUGCAGUUGAGAAGAUUGAAAAAAGUGUAUCUAAUGACAAAACUUUGUCCAGUAGUGAUAAACCAGCCGUGGGUGCAACAGCAGAUGGUAAAAGCUUAGCCAACAGUGGUAAAACAGCUAAUGAUGUAGUAUCAGAUAACAAAACACUACCUGUCAGUGGUAAGACACUCUCUACUGCAUCACCUGAGGAUAAAGACUUAGGUAGUAGUGAAACAGCUAACGAUGUGACAACAGAUGGUACAAACUUACCUGCCAGUGGUAAUACAGUUACUGUUUCGACAUCUGAUGAUAAGAACAUACCAAGCAGUGGUAAAACAGUUGCUGAUACGACAUCUGAUAGCAAAGCCCCACUCAGCAAUGAUAAACCCACUACCGAUGCAGCAUCUGGUGGUACGACAUUACCCAGUUCUGGUAAACCAGUUACUGAUGAAACAUCUAAUGAUAAGACCUUAUCCAACAGCAAUAAACCAACUACUAUUACUCCUCAAAAAGUUAUUUCCAGGAGGUCAAGGUUUGCUCUUCAGCCAAAAAUCGGUGCCAGGCCAGGCAAUCGUCCUUUUUGUACAAGUAGUCCCCAAGUGAAACCAACUGUUAGAUUUCAAGACCUGGAGAGAAAGCAGCAGUUACCAGAACACUUACAAAAACUUUCUGAAGAGAAAACAAUUGGAUUAUCAACCGUAGUGGUGUUUCAAGAUGGUAAAGAGUGUGAAGUGAUUGACCCGACACCCCUUUCAGCUGAGCCUGAAUCAUCUCCAUCACCAAAAAGUGCCACUUCAGAAAUAUGUUCAAGCAGUCAGGUGGAAUCCCUCAGUCCAUCAGUAGAAUCUGGUGAUGUGACAGAUUCAUCAUCACUAAGUGAGAAAAACAAACCGAUUCCACAGAUAAAAUCUUCUGAUGAAAUUGCUGCUGCUGCUACAAAUGUUUCCAAAAGCCAAGAGCUUGAAACCAAAUCCCCUGUUUCAAGACGUUCAAAGUUUCAAGUACGACCAAAGUUGGGAAUUACCAAAAGACCAGAGAACACAACUGAAGAAUGUGCAAACCAAGAAACUCAAAAGUCAACAAAAAUUUUGAAACCAACCAUCUCCAAAUUACCUUUAACCAAAGCUGUUAAAAAUUUGGGAACAGCCAAUAGCUUUACUAAGCUGGUCAAUUCAGAACCAGAUGGAUCUUCUACAGACCACACUCCUCCCAAAGUUCCAAGGAUCAUGAAGGAUGAUAGCCAUGUAGACAACACCAAACAGAAGGAUUAUCCGGUCACCUUGCCUAAGACAGUUACAAAAUCCAGAAAAACUCUUCCUCUUCGAGAGAAACAAAAGAAGCCUGACCUUUCCGAACAUCCUGCUGACAAGCCACCAGAUCGAUCUAAAAUGAAAAUGAGGGAUUUAAUAUAUUGGAAUCCAAUAUCAAGUCCUAUGAAAUCUCCCGAAAAGAAAACUACUCGGACAAUACGAAUUGGAGAAGAAGUGCCACCUAAGGUCCCUGAAACACAAAGUAAUGAAAACGAGCCUUUUGCAGUGCCUCAGGUUAAGAUUGGUGCCGAUGGAAACAUUGUUAUCAAUGAAGAAAGUUUAGUAAUCAGCAAUACUCAACCAUCAGCUCCUAUUUGCUCCGAGACUGUAGACGAGACAGAUAUUUAUUCAAAUUAUGGUAGUUUCCGGAAAUAUACUCCCAAGUCUAAAUGGUCUCUGAAAGAAACAAAGAAAUUUUUCCUGGCUCUAAGUACAGUUGGAACUGAUUUCUCAAUGAUGUCAAAUUUGUUUCCCAAUAAAACUAGGAGAGAUCUGAAGAAUAAAUUUAAACGUGAAGAGAGAAAAAACAGAUGGCUGAUAGACAAAGCAAUAAAACAACAGCUACAUUUUGAUGAACAUUUGUUUGAAGACAAAUCUGAGAGCGAAGAUGAGGCAGAUGAAGAGGAAGCUUCUGCCAAGAAGACGAAGGCUGCCAAAAUAAAGAAGAAUAAUAAAACAGCAGCUGCAAAUACUUCCAAGAAAAAACAAAAGAAAGUUUGCAAAAAGGAUUUCAUCAUUGAGUCAGAAGCUGGUUCCUCUCCCCCACAAGAAGUUGUUAUGGAAGAAGCUGUCCAAGAUGAUAUAAUCAUCAUACCAGAACAGGAACCUUAUGUUUCAAGCACUGGGAACGCAACCGGUAAAAAGCCCAACAACGUGGUCCAAAGAGCUCAACAGAAGAACGUCGGCAACAACCAAACGAAUGCAGAGGAAGAGGUCGUGGGCAUAUUAAUGGAACUUGGUCGGAGCGGAUCAGUGAGUACAGGUGAAGAGAAUGCUACAACCAGUGUUGUGGACAGCAGCAAGACUUGUCCAUCCACUAUCACAGUGGGAACUCCAGGGUCAACCGGAGCAGUUGGUGGGAAAGAGGUUGCUGCAACUAAUCAAAAUGCCACACCAAGUUUGCUGGAUAACUCUGCUGACGUUGUUAAAGAUAGCAGUUCGUUGGCAAGAACGUUUCUACAGCAAAUGGGCUUGAACAAACACAUCAAUACUCUACAAGAUGAGAUUGUCAGCAUCACUGAAGCUGAGAUCAGCAAUGAUAACGGUACACAGAAAGUAAUAUUAGUUGAAGUACGUCCUAAGAACCAAAAGCAGACUGUUGUCCACAUGUACCUCGUGUCUCCGACAAUUGCACCAAAGACGGACGCGGGUCAAAACAGCUCAGCCGGGAACCCAACAAAUGUGAAUCCUGGCGUUCCCCAGAUGUCGGUACCAGCACUGGUAACAACAACUACGUUACCGCCUCCUCCUCCACCGACAUCCACGCUGGAAACCGCGGCAUUACCUCCCCCUCUUGUGCAAAGACCAGUAACUACAACACUACCACCAGCCCCUGCGCAAAUGCUGGCCACCACAUUACCGCCUCCUGCAGCUACACAAGUGACCUCUAUGUUACCUCUCCCUCCUACUCAAACACAAGUAACUACAACAUUACCCCCUCCUCCUCCUGCACAAACACAAGUGACCUCUCUGUUGCUACUGCCUCCAGGGCAGACACCAGUGACCUCUACAAUACCUACCCCUUCUACGUCCACUCUAGUAACUGCAACGUUACCUCCUCCUCCUCCUGCACAAAAACAAGCCACCUGUAUGUUGCCCCUGCCUCCGGGACAGACACCAGUGACCUCUACAAUACCUACCCCUUCUACGUCCACUCUAGUAACUGCAACGUUACCUCCUCCACCUCCUCCUCCUGCACAAACACAAGUGACCUCUCUGUUGCCCCUGCCUCCAGGGCAGACACCAGUGACCUCUACAAUACCUACCCCUUCUACGUCCACCCUAGUAACUGCAACGUUACCUCCUCCUCCUCCUCCUGCACAAAAACAAGCCACCUGUAUGUUGCCCCUGCCUCCGGGACAGACACCAGUAACCUCUACAAUACCUACCCCUUCUAUGUCCACCCUAGUAACUGCAACGUUACCCCCUACUGUGCCUACAGUGGUAACUUCAACGUUAACAACUCCUCCCCCUGUACCCAUACCGAUAACCCCACUGUUACCUACACAAACAGAAGUAGCAGCAGCAACAACAACAACAACUAGUUCUACAGUUGUUACUACUAAUGUUACUGCAGAAACUGCUUCUGCUACAGUAUUUGCACCAAGCAGGUGACCAAAUCUGUAAUUUAAGUCUUCUGUUAAAUAUCUAUAUGUUGAAUCACUGUAUUAUAUUUACUGAUUAUCAAAUGUAUUGAUUGUUAUAUGUUGUCUGUCAUACAUACAUACAUACAUACAUAAAUAAAUACAUACCCACACAAUAUAUAAUAAUAAUAUGAAGGAAUAUUAUUCCAAACUUACAGGGAAAAAUUCAAUUUAG